CCACUAGGAGGGGAGAACUAGUUAAAUGUUGAAUGUCUGUUUUGACCAAGAAUGACAGUCCGUAUCAGGGGGGCGUUUUCUUCCUGUCCAUCCAUUUCCCCACAGACUAUCCUUUCAAACCUCCUAAGUUAGCGUUUACCACAAGAAUUUACCACCCCGAUAUUAACAGUAACGGCAGUAUCUGUUUGGAUAUUCUAAGAUCACAGUGGUCGCCGGCUUUAACAAUUUCUAAAGUUCUGCUCUCCAUUUGCUCCCUGUUAUGUGAUCCCAACCCAGACGACCCUCUAGUACCAGAGAUCGCACGCAUCUAUAAAGCAGAUAGUGACAAAUACAGCAGAAUAGCAAGAGAAUGGACGCAGAAAUACGCCAUGUGAUGACUGGUCUGAACGGAUCAUCGGAAGGAGAACGUCGUUGUAGCUGGAGUCAACUUCAAUUGCUUGUGUUCAUUAUUUUGUUCAUUUUGUUAUUGAAUUAGACUCAUUUUGCCCCCAUUUUCACUCCUUCAUUUAUGUGCUAUUAAAAAGAUAGUGUUUGUUGCUCAGACAGUCAA